AUGUCCCUGAGCGACCACCCCAAGGCCUACGGGUCCGCCGCCCUCGCCGCCGCCUUCGCGGCCGGCAUCCUCGUCACGCUCGGCUUCAAGGACUUCUACCCGGACCUGGAGCAGUGGUACCAGAGCAACAAGGACAGCAGCAGGAGGAGGAGGAGGGCCGCCGCCGCCGGUCCGGGACGCCGGCGGAGCAGCUUCUUCUGGGGCGGUGGUGCCCCCGUGCAGCUCGAGGACCGCGAGGCGGAACAGGACCCAUCACCGACGGCGGCGGCACUCUCAACCUCGGGCAGGGGUGACGGCAGCGUCGUCGCGUCCGGCAUCGAAGCGUGCAUCGGCAACACGCCCCUCGUCGAGAUCCACUCCCUCUCCGCCGCCACGGGCCGCACCAUCCUCGCCAAGGCCGAGUUCCUCAACGGCGCCGGCAACAGCCCCAAGGACCGCGUCGCCCUGUCCAUGAUCGAGGAGGCCGAGCGCCGCGGGCUGCUGCGCCCGGGCCGCGGCGACACCAUCUACGAGGGCACCGUCGGCAGCACGGGCAUCUCGCUCGCCACCCUCGCCCGCGCCCGCGGCUACCGCGCCCACAUCUGCAUGCCCGACGACCAGGCCUUCGAGAAGUCGGACCUGCUGCACCACCUCGGCGCCGACGUCGAGCGCGUCCCCGUCGCCCCCAUCACGAGCCCCGGCCACUUCGUCAACCUGGCCCGCACCCGCGCCGCCGAGCACGAGCGCCGCGCCGCCGACGGCAGCAGGGGCUUCUUCGCCAACCAGUUCGAGUCCGAGGCCAACUGGCACGCGCACUUCUCCACCACGGGGCCGGAGAUCUGGGCGCAGACCGACGGCGGGCGGCUCGACGCGUUUGUCGCCGGCGCGGGCACCGGCGGCACCAUCUCGGGCGUCGCGCGCUACCUCAAGCUCGAGGCCAAGCUCGACGGGCUGCGCGUCGUGCUCGCCGACCCGCAGGGCAGCGGCCUCUACAACAAGAUCAGGCACGGCGUCAUGUACUCGUCGACGGAGCGCGAGGGCACCCGCCGGCGCCAGCAGGUCGACUCCAUCGUCGAGGGCAUCGGCAUCAACCGCGUCACCGAGAACCUCGAGGCCGGCAGGGACCUCAUCGACGACGCCGUCAAGGUCUCCGACGAGCAGGCCUGCCGCAUGGCCCGCUGGCUCGUCGAGAACGACGGCAUCUUUGUCGGCAGCAGCAGUUCCGUUAACUGCGUCGCCGCUGUCCAGGCCGCCAUGGCCCUGCCCGAGGGGAGCCGCGUCGUCACCAUCCUGUGCGACUCGGGCACCCGCCACCUGAGCAAGUUCUGGAAGCGCAUCAAGGAGAUGGGGCUCGAGGAGCAAGAGGCCACCAACCUGUUCCAGGAGCUGGGCAUCAGCCAGCCGUCGUCCCAAUAA